AUGGCGUCUCCCGACCGAUUUCAAACUUUCCCUUCUAAGCCACGAGUGUUUAUUCUCAGUGAUAUUUCCAAUGAACCUGACGAUGCAGAGUCAUUGGUGCGUUAUCUUCUGUACUCCAAUCAGUUUCAAACUGAAGGUCUCGUCGCGUGUACAUCGACAUGGAUGAAGAACAAGGUCUGUCCACAGGACAUGCACAAGAUCGUGGAUGGAUAUGAGAAAGUAGUCGAUAACCUCAACGCUCACGCAAACCCAAAAGAUCCUUACCCCACGGCCAACUCGCUGAGAUCCUUGAUUAAGAAAGGAACAGAGUCGUACGGCAUGACAGCAGUAGGAAACGAUAUUCCCCUUAGUGAAGGUGGCGAACUCCUGCUAGAGCGAAUCCUGGCACCAAUCGACCAACCCCUCUGGAUCCUUUGUUGGGGCGGAACGAACGUACUUGCAUCCGUCCUACUCAAUAUCCAAAACACACAUUCCGCCUCCGAGGCUCUCAAAUUGCGCUCCAAGCUACGCGUCUACACAAUCUCGGAUCAAGAUGACACUGGCGUCUGGAUUCGAUACAACUACCCCGACCUUUUCUACAUCUGCUCCGUGCACGGCUGGAAUCAGUAUGGCAUGGCAACUUGGGCCGGUAUUUCCGGCGACGCAUGGUACGGUUUUGACAAGGGCGGACCGGACCCCAGCAAGAUUAGCAAGGAGUGGAUCAAAGAUAAUAUCCAGAUCGGACCGUUGGGUUCCACGUAUCCAGACUAUAUGUUUAUUCCCGAGGGCGAUACCCCGACAUUCCUGUAUCUUAUUCAGAACGGACUUGGUGUACCUGAGCGACCGGAAUAUGGAUCGUGGGGUGGUCGAUACAUCGCGACUGAUAUUAGCGGCAAGGGAACUGUCAAUGGCCAUUUCAGUGAUACCUCUGAUGAAGUUGUCGGUUUAGAUGGGCAGAAACACAAGUCUAACCAUGCGACGAUUUGGCGAUGGCGCGAUGCGUUCCAGACGGAUUUCGCUGCGCGGAUGCAGUGGUCGCUGUCGUCUGAUACAAGCAAGGCCAAUCAUCACCCAGUCAUUGUUGUUAGUGGCAGUGCGGGUCUGGAGCCGAUGCAUUUUGAGCUCGAGGCGGGCUCUACCUUCAAGCUAGAUGCGUCGGCUUCAUAUGAUCCUGACCCUAAUGAUCAGAUUACCUUCACGUGGUAUCAAUACCGGGAUCCGAGUGCGACUCAAUGGUCUGUUCAAUAUGAGGUUGGUGUUUUGGAUAUCAAGCCACUUAAUGAGACUGGUAGUGUCGUGGAUGUCGCGCUUCCGCCACCGGAGAAGUGCUGUGUUGAACUUAUCAGUCGGGCUGCAGUGCCGAAGGGACAGGUACUGCACUUGAUACUCGAGGUUCGAGAUAAUGGGUCUCCUGCAUUAAUCAGUUACCGCCGCUUCAUCAUUCAGACCACGAAUGAGAUGUUAUUGGGAAGUGGCAGUGGUGGUGAAGCAAUCGGCGACACUAUGAGAGAUGUGAUCCCAAGCCAUUAG